CCUUAGCUGUGAAUGUGUGUGUUUGGUGGCAGUUACAUUCUGAUGAAAACUGCUCUUAGGGGACAAAGCCCUAGGGGGUUAGCGCUUGUGUUUAUACUCCCUGGUGAGGUCUCGUUCCAGUAACAAGGGUUACAGAAGCCAGUUCAAAGAUCUCUGAAAAUAAGGGAUGCUCAUUUUGACUCCCUUUUUCUCCCUUUGGCCCCUUCUGGUUCCACAAUCAUCCAGAUCUCUCUCUGUGUGGCCCUGCCUAGUUGAGAGGAGUGGGAGGGCGAGUUUUAUUCGGCUCCAGACAGAAUCUCAGUGUAUGCUAGCAAGAGUUACAGUUUGGAUGAAGACAGAAGGAGAAUUUAUUAGCCACUAAUUCGAAUGAAAAACACAGCUGCUGUUACAGUUCCGAGAUAGUGCUUUGGCUCCCCUUAGAGCAGGGCAUGCCUGAAACCUGGAAAGUUCCCAAAGUGAAAACACUUUGUCCAGAAACUUCUUGUGAACGCAUCAUUCUUUUGAAAAUCUUUGAGAACUUGAACUGGUUUUAGGCACUUAAAAAAAAAGAGCUUCAAAUGGCUGCCCUCCUUAAUCCUUAUUACUCUUUUAGUUUGAUUUGCUAUUUUAAGCCUGCAAUGCCAGCAGUAUAAAUGUUUCUCUCUCUCUCUCUCUCACACACACACACACACACACACACAGAUGUUUCUUGAGUAUGUGUGUUCAAUCCUAUUGUAUUAAGUCGAAUGUUACAUUUCCAGGCCUAAAUAAUAUGAGGAUAACUUUAGACAUGGGCUGUACUUUUUUAAUACAUUUAUUUUGGCAUCAGGGCUUUUCCACAACUCUUCUCUCAAUCAUGCCUGUUUGUACUUGUCAUAAUUCACUUACUGUACAUUUAAAAGCAUACAAUUACAUGGUAGGAAAUGAUAACGUUAUUUUAAAGUGUCUGCAAUGACAAUAUAGAGUGGUACAACUUUAAAUCUCCAGACUAUUUUGUGCAUGAAUGCCUACCUGAAGAAUUCUGAUAUUACCUUACUCUGUGUCUUCAUGAUUGCGUUGACUCAGUUACCUAAAGAAAUGACAGCAGCAAUAAUCAAUGCUGUCAAACUUUCUAAACCCAUUUUAUUUGCUAGUAAUUUGGUACUGUGUCACAAAUAUGGUAUUUCUGAUAAUGAGUGAAAUGUCUAUAUGUUAAAAUAAAGAAAUAUGUCUGAGUGUUCUUAAAAAAUAAGUUAGUGAUGGAUAUUCACAGAGGGUUGUAAAAAAAAAAAAAAAGUAGGGCUGUAUUUUAGUGUUGUCGAUGUGUUAAAACAGUCCAGCUGACUCUUCUGGCCAAAAGAAAACCGUCACUACUUUUUAAAGAUUAUUCAGUAGCAUCUUUUUUGAAGUGUGUUUGUUUAAAUGCUAUAAAAAAUAUAAGAACUUACUUUGGGGAAGUUCAUGGUAUUACAAAACAAGUUAUGUUUUUGGCAUAGUGAUCUUUGAAUACCCUGGUAGUUCAGGGUCGUUGGGUAUUUGUGGGUGUGUGUUUUAAUUAAUUCAAACUACAUGCACCCUGUGAGUUCCCCUCAGUAACUUUCAUUCAAGGAGGUGAAUACACAAGCAUUUUUUAAUAUGACAUUUUCUAUACAAAAUUAUGGAAAAAAGUAGAAGAAAACAAUAAAAGAUGGGGAGUUUAAUAGUAUUUCAUGUUUCUCUGAGAAAAUAGAAUGCUACUCCCGAAGAUGAUGCUUUAUUAUCAACACGUUUUGGUGAAAAUGGCAACAGUGAGGUUAUGUGUAAGUUGCUGUAAUAACAGCGCUUCCCUUUAAAGAUUUGUAUUUUUCCCAUCCUUAAGGAACACUGAAACCACAGCAGUGGUGAGGGACAUAAAAAUAUGUGUAUUUCCAACUAAGCAGUAAAUAAACCAUGUGGUGUGUUGAAAUAGAAUUGAUGUAUAUUUGUUUUCAGUGUUUAGUUUUGGUAUAAAUGAGAUAGUUCUUGUUUUGUUUUUUUCACCUUUAAAAAGGGGCAAUAAUGACCUAAAUAAUCAUUACUUAUUUAAAUAAUGGGGUCCAUAAUGAUUUAAAUAAUUCUCCUCCAAAGAUAGAAACAAAAUAACUUUCCUUAAAUGACAAGUGAUUCAUCCUUUGAUGGAGUCAUCCUUUGAUUCAUCCCUUGGCUUAUGAUAAAGUGGUUAUCUGAUAACAAUCAAUGAAUUCCUCAAAUAUACAGUAUAAAAUUCCUUGUAGAAUGUAAAGGAAGCAUUUGAACCAUAUACAUAAAUGUAUCUUGUGAUGUAAAAUUUAUAGAGUGGAAAGAAUAACUUGAACAUAAUUGCAACUUUGUGAGAAGGAAAAAAUGAGGACUAGUAGAAGAAAUAUUAGGAUUUUGAGGUCAUGACAUUUUGAGAAAGUUUGUUUAUUGAGCUUCUCUGCAUCCUUUUCUGUCAUUUUUCAUUUUUUUCACUCUUAGAAUGAUAUGUAAUCAUCCAAGAUUGAACCUCGUAAGGUAGUUCUGUAAACAGCCUUAUAAUGCAUGGCUAAUUGAGAGUUUCAGAGAUAGAUGGAAAACAAAUGGAACUUGAAAGUAUGAGGCAUAAAAACUUUUAGAAGGUACAAACUAAAGCUUGAAGAGGGCAGGGCCAUAUCUGUCUAGUCACCCAAGUAUUCCUGUGGCUAAGACAGUACUUGGCGUAUUAUGGACCUAUAUAAUACAGUUGUUUAUAUAAUUUUGUAAACUAAAGUUAUAAUCUGUAGUCUGAGCAAAAACAUAAUAACUUCAUUCUCUAAUCCUCCUCCAUAUCAGCUGGCAUUUUAUAAAAGUGAAUAUUUUAUAAAGGAGUUGAUGACAUCUGAUAUAAUCCAAAACCCAGGAGGAUGGACAAAUAAUUACAUGGAUCUGGACACCAAGCUAAUCCUAAACUACUGGAACAUACUUUCUAACUUUUAAGAAGCAAUCCAAAAAUUCUGAAAGCAGUCUUAAGCAAAUUUGAGGAUAAUACAUGGCCGUAAAAUGAUUUUAUUUGGACAAAGAAACAUUUUGUGCCUUUCAUUUCUAACUUUUGGGUAAAUAAAAGAAAUGGAGCCGAUCUAAAAUCUUUAUGCUUACAUUAAGAAUUAAUUUGUAAGAGUUUUCUAAUUGCCAUAACAUUUAGUAGGAGGAGUAUAAUUUUCAGAAGGACUUUUGGUUUCAGGAAAUGGGUUGUUUACUUUUCCCUAAUAAUAGAAUGUUCUGUGACUGAAUCCCAAAACUGAUAAUUAUCUUCUUACAUAAAUGAAGAAUAAAAAUAGUGGCGAGUUGAGGCAGUUUAUUUUCAAUAAACUAUUGAAGUCUCUGAAAAUAUUUUCUAAAAGUCAGUAGGCAGCUUUUCUUUCUCAUAGAAAACCCAAAGAUCCAAAUAAUGAAGCAUGAAUUCACUUGAUAUUCAUAUGGACAUUAACUAAUAUUUAGAUUAGCAUAUUCAGGUAUUCACAUAAGUUCUUAUCUAUUGGUGUGAUUAUCUUUAUAUUAAGUUCUAUUUUCAAGACAGUGAUUGUUUUAAAAGCUAAUGCUUCUUAAUAGCACACAGCAACUUUUUCAAAAAAUUCUGAAAGUGGAAUGUCACUAUGAAGCUUUUUGGGAUACUUGAUUGUGAGUUAUGAUUCCUUGGUAUUUUAGUUAAUAGAAUUUGGGGGCACAGAAUUGGUUGAACUUUUUACCAGACCUUGCUAGAAGCAGAAAGUUAUCAUAGUAAAGCGGUAUUUUCAUGGUUGUUGGAAAUAUAAAAUUAGAGUUCUUUCAUGUGAUUCAUUGAACAUUAACAAUGAAUAUGAAAGGAUCUAAUUUAGUGAAUAAGGCUUUUAUAAUUAUUGAUCAGUACUAUUCAGUCAGCCUUUGGCUUUGCCUUGGCUUUUCUCACAUCUAUAUGCCACAGGUGGUAACAAACAUUGUUCUAAUACCAACCUAAAAUUGAAAGUCUCCAAAAAAUAGGUUUGUAAUAAAAUUGUUGGAACUAAAUAAUGCAGCUCUACUCUUUCAUAAUGGACACAGAGUAUUUGCAUUAAAAUUUGUUUUUGAAUGAAUUAGAAUAAAUCUAACCAAGUUUUUAAAAAGCAGGUGCCUCAUAUUGCUCCUUUAAGCACCUCAUGCUGCACAUACUUACUCUGUUGGAAGGACUGAGUUUUGUGGUUAUGGUAAAAGUUGCUGGCAACACUGAUGUUUUCUCUUGGUAGUUAGAAGUAUGGUAACUUCUGAAUUCUGCAGAACAGGAAAUUAUCAUGUACUAUUUUGUCUAACCUCUAGUAAAUACUUGAAAUGCCUCCACAAAUGGGGGUUGAGAAAUGUCAGCUAUUUGAGUACGAACAUCUUUUCAGUUCCCAGGUGUUCCUGAAAGAGAUUUCCCCUGAUGAUACCUGGUAACUUAAGUAGUUAUUACUUGGCAGCAGACAGCCCAUUAGAAGCAAUGAUUGGAAUGCUCUGUCCCUGGCAAAAAUGUCCUGACAACACUGGCAGCAGAUCUCCAACUAAAGACGUGGAUUCAGAAGAGAAGGAAAUUGUGGUUUGGGUUUGCCAAGAAGAGAAGACGGUCUGUGGGCUAACCAGACGCACCACCUCUGCUGAUGUCAUCCAGGCUUUGCUUGAAGAACAUGAGACUACAUUUGGAGAGAAACGAUUUCUUUUGGGGAAGCCCAGUGAUUACUGCAUCAUAGAGAAAUGGAGAGGUUCUGAAAGGGUUCUUCCUCCACUAACUAGAAUCCUGAAGCUCUGGAAAGCAUGGGGAGAUGAGCAGCCUAAUAUGCAGUUUGUUUUGGUUAAAGCAGAUGCUUUUCUUCCAGUUCCUUUGUGGCGGACAGCUGAAGCCAAAUUAGUGCAAAACACAGAAAAACUAUGGGAGCUCAGCCCAGCAAAUUACAUGAAGACGUUACCACCAGAUAAACAAAAAAGGAUAGUCAGAAAAACUUUCAGGAAACUGGCUAAAAUUAAGCAGGACUCAGUUUCCCAGGAUCGAGACAGCAUGGAAACAUUAGUUCAUCUGAUUAUUUCCCAGGAUCAUACUAUUCAUCAGCAAGUCAAGAGAAUGAAAGAGCUGGAUCUGGAAAUUGAAAAGUGUGAAGCAAAAUUCCACCUUGACCGGGUAGAAAAUGAUGGAGAAAAUUAUGUCCAGGACGCAUACUUAAUGCCCAAUUUCAGUGAAGUUGAGCAAAAGCUAGGCUUGGAGUAUGAUGAAAACCAGAUUCUGGAGGACCUGAGUGAAAGUGAUGGAAUUCUACAGCUGGAGGAACGACUAACAUAUUACAGAAAGCUCAUUGAUAAGCUCUCGGCCGAAAUAGAAAAAGAGGUGAGAAGUGUUGGCACUGAGAUAAAUGAAGAUGCAGAAGGGGCAGCUGCAAGUGAACUUGAAAGCUCUAAUUUAGAAAGUGUUAAGUGUGAUUUGGAGAAAAGCAUGAAAGCUGGUUUAACAAUCCACUCUCACUUGAGUGGCAUCCAGAAAGAGAUUAAAUACAGUGACUCAUUGCUUCAGAUGAAAGCUAAAGAGUAUGAGCUCCUGGCCAAGGAGUUCACUUCACUUCAUAUCAGCAGCAAAGACGAAUGCCAGCAAAAGGACAACAGAGGGAAGGAAUCUGAGGUCACUACCAUCAGCGGGGAGGUUCCUCCUUUUACUCAGAAAGUAUUUAACACGCACACAAAUGACACAGACUCAGACACUGGUAUUAGCUCCAACCACAGUCAAGACUCAGAAGCAACUGGAGGCGAUGCAGUGCUGUGGUCACCAUAAUUUGAAAGGCUUCUUUCUGACCUACUUUAAUGUUGUUUGUGUAAUAGGAAACCUUAUUUUAAAUAUUACAUCCUGGGAAAAAUGUAAAUCACAUUAAAGUAUUCAGGAGUUAAUAAAAAGUAGAGAAAUCUGUAACCUUGUUUUUGAUGUAAGAUUUCCAACCUGACCUAAUUAUUUUAAGUUCAAACAAUGGACUGUUUGUUAGGCAUGCAGCACAAAUAGCUUGCAGGUGUAUAACAGAAAUAAUUUGAUGGAAUUAUAAUCUCCCACAGCUUCUAUGAGAAAUGAUUUCUUCAAACUAAUUCUUGAUAUUAUGUAGUCAAUAUAUUGAAACUGUACAUAUGAACAAGAAAAAUUAAAAUGCGCUGUAAUAUAGUUUUCAACACUAUAUCACUGGGAUUUUAUAAUCUGUAGAGUACAUGACAGCUACUAUAUUGUAACUUUAAUAACUCAGACCUUGGCUCUUCUCCUUGAUAUGUGGAAUGUAUAUAAUUUCUGUUACUUCCUGAAACCCUCUUCCUGUUUAGGCCUAGGUAACAGGAAGCAGGAAGGGUUGCAACUGGGACAUGUACAGAUACCAGCAGUGGAUCAGACAGAGUAGAGCUGAGGAAGGGCCAUUGCUGCUUGCGUUCGACAGCAAGUUUUCCAAAGAAGCCUAAAAUUAUUAAGAACUCUGUAUGUGCUUUUUCUAUCCGACAUGCAAAACUCUGGAUGACACCCAUGGUCUGUGCAUAUUUAUUCUUUGAGAUGUGGUGUGGGUUACAGAGAAAAUCACAGGUCAGAGUCCUGUUUAAUUAUGUCCUCGCUACAACAUUUGAAGGGAUGUAACUUGGGGUUCUUCCUGGAGCUAAAAUAGAGCUCUAUGUACUAUGAAUAUUAUUAGCAUUUUUGUCUCUGAAAAUACAGAGAGGAACUCAUGGACAAAACUCUUUAUUCUGCUAUAAUUCAGAUGGUCUUUGUAGUACUUAAUCUAAAUAGAAACAAAGUGCUAGCUCUACUCUCUACCCCAUUCGUAAGCAUGACCAUAAAUACUUAACAAGAUUAUUUAGAUCCUACCUUGACUGAAUCAUGUUAGUGCCAAACUAGGCUUGUUUUGCCUGGUUUUUAGUUAGGAAGUCCCUUUCUUCCUUCUUCUCUCUCCUCUCCCCUUUUUCUUUCCCUUUCUUCUUUUUUCAAUAUUGACCACAUGACAUAACUAUAUUGAAAACAAUUGAUUUGUUUUAUUAUAUCAUUAAAUGAACAGAACUACAGUUUAUUUUUCUUUAGCUGACAUCGUUCCUAUAUGUCAGUGCACAUGUAUAUAGAAAUACUAUUUUGCCUAGUUUCAGUAUGUGGAUAUUGGUUAAGAUACCCAGUAUUUCUCAUUUCUUCCCUUUUAUUCUUUGUUUACUGUAGUGUAUGUUUUAACUCGGUUUCUUUUUUUUUUUUUUUUGUCUUUUUUUCUUUUCUAGGGCUGCAUGCAUGGCAUAUGAAGGUUGCUAGGCUAGGAGUCCAAUUGGAGCUGCAGCCACCAGCCUUCGCCACAGCCACAGCAACUCGGGACCAGAGAGGCAUCUGCAACCUACACCACAGCCCAUGGCAAGGUCAGAUCCUUAACCCACUGAUGGAGGCCAGAGAUCAAACCCCCAACCUCAUGGUUCCUAGUCAGAUUCAUUAACCACUGAGCCACGACCGGGAACUCCUUAACUCGGUUUCUUAAUCUAUUUUUUUUUUUUUUUAUUUCUCUGUCCCCUAGACUUUUCACCAAUCUUUGGGAAGAUAUUUAGAACCUUCUUAACAUUAGAUGUUCCUUAAAAGUGAAAUACUAUUUUUAUACCAAGAUACUCCUGAAGGCCUUAUUUGAAGUUAGAUGUUAAAAAAAAAAGUAGGAAUUUCCAUUCCAGGGAAGGUAUAGUGAUGAAGAGUAAAUAAUAAUGCUAACAUGAUUUUAAUUAAAAAGAAGUAAGAAGGGAAUUGAAUACUCCUCUGAAAAAGGGAAGUUUAUUUGCUUAAUAUCCUGUUAAGUCAUUCAGCACUAUGGUAAGCUAUGGACACAUUUAUUGUUCACUACUGAGGAUUAAAUUCAGAAGAUCAUAAUAAAUGAUAAACCAAUUGUAUUGUGGUUUUUCUAAAGUGAAAAGUAAUCUCUUUGGAUUACUCCUUAGCAAGACAAUAAUGAAAAGAACAUUGUUAUCUGCCAUAUAAUGUGAUGAUCUGAAUUCCAAAAAGUGCGGAUAAGAAACUGGACUAGACAGAUAAUUUCAUUUCUGAACCUUUGCAUUAAUGUCUGCUCUUAUACAGUUAAGCACAGUGAUGCAUUCUACGGCCAGUUCUACAUCUUUAUAGUAAAUGACAUUAAAAACUUUUGUCAGAAAGCAAGACCACUGAGUUUUAAAUUCACAUUGGAAUUUCUGUGCAGCUGCCUGCCUACACCACAGCCACAGCAACGUGGGAUCCCAACCAUGUCUGCGACCUGUACCACAGCUCAUGGCAACACUCGAUCCUUAACCCACUGAGUGAGGCCGGGGAUCAAACCUGCUUCCUCACAGAUACUAGUCGGUUUUGUAAUCUGCUGAGCCACAAUGGGAACUCCUAGAAUUUAUAUUCUUUAGUUAUACAAAUGUAUUUGUGCUUUUGAUGCAUUAUAAUAUGAAAUCAGUUAUAGAGGUGAAUCUCUAAUGCAGAGUAAUAUAUGAAUGCAAAUAAAAAUAUUAAAAUACGGUGGCCUCA